AUGAACAAACUCUGUGCACUUUCCGAAACAAAAAAGAAAGGUAAUGGAACAACAAAACUAAAUAACUACAUUUUAAUAUACUCAGGCGUACCAAAAGACCAAAGAGCAACAUCAGACGUUGGAGUAGCUAUAAAUGAUAAAUAUGAACAGAAUAUAGAAAGCAUAGAAUACGUGUGCGACAGAAUCCUGAGAGUAAAGAUUAUGUUUGACCAACCCAUUCACAUUAUAUCAUUGUACGCACCCGACAUUAAUAAACCUGAAGAAAUGUCAAUGGACUUCUACGAAAAUCUACAGUCAGCGAUAGACAAAAUACCAAGACAUGAAAAGAUAAUUCUGUUAGGGGAUUUAAACGCAAGAAUUGGAAACGAGGUAGUGGAUGGAAUAAAACAAAAAUAUAAUGAGAAUAUAACUAAUAGAAAUGGCGAAAUUUUGACCGAAUUCUGUGGACAGAACGAACUGAGAAUAAACAACACAUAUUUUCCCCAUAAAGAACAACACAAAUACACCUUUUAUGACAAUAGAAACAAUAAAUCAAUAAUCAAUUAUAUCAUCACCAAUCGAAGUUUUUUACUUCAACAAAUAAUAGACAUAAGAGUCUUAUCCACAGCCAGCAUUGGAACAGAUCACAAACUUGUGCUAGGAAAGAUACGAAUAGGUGCGCCGCUAUCCAAAAAAAGACCAUCGAUAAAAACUGAAAAAUUCAAUAUAGAAUCCCUCAACCACGAAAGCACUAAACAACUUUAUUCAAACAGAUGCCAAGUCACUAUUAACCCCAUAGCACAGUUUGAUACUCCUAACACAGCUUGGAACAAACUGAAAGAAAACAUCUGCAAAGGUGCUAAAAAAGCUUUAGCAACACGUACUGUAUCACACAAUAGAAGACCGAACAUUAAACCUUGGUUUACGUUAGAAGUCAAGAAGAUUACAAGGGAAAAGAAGGAAAAAUACAUACAAUACAAGAAAUCUCCAACACCGGAGAACCGAAAUAUCUAUACCGAAAUAAGGAACUGGACUAAUAAUAGAGUACGAGAAAUUAAAGAAGAAUAUUGGCAGCAAUUUAGUAGCGAAAUGGCGGAUAUGUACGGAGCACAAAAACGUAUUUGGAAGAUGUUGAGGGGUUUGAAACAAGAAACAAAUGAAACAAUACAACUAAGAACAAUUGCAGAAGAUACAUGGGAAAAAUAUUUCAGAGACUUAUACGCAGAAACAGAUGAACCAAUGGAAGCACAAGAGACAAGCCAAAGAGAUAAUAUAGAAGAUCAUGCGCACAACGAGAAUCCUACGAACUACUGA